AUGAUCGUUUGCAACGUGAGCCUGAGUUGUGCGCACUGUCCCGGGGGUGGAGCCGGCGGCACGGCGGCGACGGCGACGGACGCGUACGAAGAGGUGUCCGGGUCUCUCCCUCCUCCGAACCUGAGCCCGAAAGGGCACCUGGUGGUGGCGGUGUGCCUCGGCUUCAUCGGCACGCUCGGGUUCCUGAGUAACUUCUUGGUGCUCGCGCUGUUCUGCCGGUACCGGGCUCUGCGCACGCCCAUGAACCUCCUGCUGGUGAGCAUCUCUGCGAGCGACCUGCUGGUCAGCGUGCUGGGGACCCCGUUCAGCUUCGCGGCCAGCACCCAGGGGCGCUGGCUGAUCGGACGCGCUGGGUGCGUCUGGUACGGGUUCGUUAACGCAUGUUUAGGCAUCGUCUCCCUCAUAUCCCUCGCCGUUCUGUCCUAUGAGCGUUACUGCACCAUGAUGGCGCCCACCAUAGCCGACGGCAGAGAGUACCGCCCGGCGCUGGGAGGGAUCUGCUUCUCCUGGCUCUAUUCUGUGGCCUGGACUGUACCUCCGCUGCUGGGCUGGAGCAGAUACGGGCCCGAGGGUCCCGGCACCACCUGCUCGGUGGACUGGAGGACCCAGACGCCAAACAAUAUCUCCUACAUCGUCUGCUUGUUCACCUUCUGCCUGGUCCUGCCGUUCUGCGUGAUCCUCUACUCGUACGGCAAGCUGCUGCACACCAUGAGACAGGUCCGCAGCGUGAGUUCAGUGGUGACCCGCCGCAGAGAGCAGCGAGUGCUGGUGAUGGUCGUCACAAUGGUGGUGUGUUACCUGGUCUGCUGGCUGCCUUACGGAGUGGCAGCCCUGCUCGCGACCUUCGGCCCCCGCGACCUCCUGACCCCGGAGGCGAGCAUCACGCCGUCACUGCUGGCCAAGUUCUCCACCGUCAUCAACCCUUUUAUCUACAUAUUCAUGAACAAACAGUUCUACAGGUGUUUCAGGGCGUUCCUGAGCUGCUCCACCCCCGAGCGAGGCUCCACCUUAAAGACAUUAUCAAGGCCGACCAAGACGCUCCGCACCGUCCGCCGGGAGAAGGAACGCCAUGUGUCGGCUCCCGCGCCCUCCUCCGCCGUGCCCUCGCCCAACUCCAUCCACGAGUCCUCGCAGAGAGCCAGUCACGUGGCUCCAUCUGCGUCCAAUCAAGACUCUGCUGCUUCUAACACCCCUGCCGCCAACAUCCCAAAACCCAAACUGGUCCUAGUGGCUCACUACAGGGAGUAA